AUGCUUCUUUCUUCCCUCAUCUUGCCUGCUUUGGUUUCCGCUGCAGCCACCCAGGCUCCCUCCACUGGGAACGAGAAGCUGAAUACGCCUCAGGUGAAUGCCAUCACGUUCAGCAAUUUGGGCUACACCGGCUACUACUACGAUGUCGAGAAGUUGGACGAGCUGGACAGCUGCAAGUGUAAGUUGCAGAAGAGUUUCAAUGUUUUUGAAGGCACAAAUACGCCUUUGGACGAGGAGCUCUCAGUGCACUUCAGAGGUCCACUCAAACUCCACCAAUUUGCAUUUUACUCGGGCGACAGCUACGUCAAGGGCAAGUCGCUGGGCACUUUCACCAGAGAAGCAUACUACUCCGCUCUGGACAACACUGGCGACAAUGUGACGUUUUUGACCAAUGCAGGCAAAGACUCCGACUGUCUUGGAAAGGCAUUGACAUAUGCCUCGUCAAAUGGAACAGAAAAGGCAGACUCCGCUACGCUUUUAGAUGACGACACCUUGCUUCUCUCGGACCAGGAGUACCUGAUCUUCAGCACGUCCAAGUGUGAGAAACUGGGCACCGAUAAGGACUGUGGUGUCUACAGAUCUGGCAUCCCAGCUUUCCACGGCUUUGGCGGAACCGUCAAGAUGUUCUUGUUUGAGUUUGAGAUGCCCACGGAGCCCCACAAGAACAACUCCAACAUCUUCUACGACAUGCCUGCGAUCUGGCUUCUCAAUGCUAAGAUCCCCAGAACCUCGCAGUACGCAACCAACUCCAACUGCUCGUGCUGGAGCUCGGGCUGUGGAGAGUUCGAUAUUUUCGAGGUGAUGAACUCCACGGAAUCCAACCACUUGUUCUCCACAAUCCACGACUACCAGGGUUCGGACAAUAUCAAUUUGGGCAUGGCUGCCGAGGGCCAUUUCUACAGAGACUUGAAGAACAAGAUGCUGGGUGGUGUUGUGUUUGACAAUGACGGAAACGCCGUGUCAUUUUUGCUGAACUCCACCAGCAUCGACUCUGAGAUUGACGCUUCCACUUUAAACAAGUGGAUUGACACCAAGAGCGAGGUGGACGAUAAAAUGGAGAGCGUCACUUUGAACACGAGCCAGAAGAAGUCUGAAGGUAUCGUGCCAUCAACAAAUUUCAUGGCUUGGUUGGUUUCCGCCUUCCUGGUUUUGAUGUAUAUUUAG